AAAUCGAGUUCAAGGCUCUACAGUCCUGAAAGGAUUUUUUCAUCAUCCCAGUCACCUGAAUGGACAGUUCCAGUGGAUGUACGGGGAAGAUUUGGAGAAAAAACGAGCUUCCUUCCCUGACUUCAUGGGGUCAGUUGAACGCUACAUAUUGGAAACGCAUCCGGACAAGGAAGGAUUCCAGAAAGAGCUAAAGAAGAUUAGGAAUGAUGAACAGCUUACUGAAACCCAGGAUAUGGGUUCCUGGUUUUUGUUGUACACCCUAGAGAGGGUUUCUCUAAAACCACGGAAGAAAGAGGAGGAGAAAUCGUCUUACCUGUUUAAUAAUGCAAUGGACCAGGUAACAGACGGAUGUCCCUGCCUGUCAAGAGAAAAUAAAAGAUUUCUGUUGGUCUGCGAUGGAGAAUUACUCCUAAGGGACCUCGACUUAUUCGAGGCCAUUGUAAGUGUGGUUCAGCUUGCGUAUUUGGUGGAUAUGGAGUAUCCAGAGAGGAGGCAGGAAACAAGGCAAUGGCUACAAAGAUUUACAAAUUCUCCUCAAUGGUAUUGUAAAGAUUGAUGGUCCUCAAGCUUCGAAGCUGUUAGAAUUUAGAAGAAACUUUUCAAUCGAUCGAGAGAAACUUUUGAGCAAUUGGGUUUUCGCUAUCAUUUUAAUUAUGUUUAACCAGUUGUAAAUUAUACUAAUGAAUU